CCGGGAAGGAACCGGUUCUCGGGCGCAGUGAUGGCUGCGGGCGUCCCCUGCGCGCUCGUUACCAGCUGCUCCUCCACCUUCUCCGCAGACCGGCUAGUGCAACUGUCUGACACUACAACCGAUCUAGGAAAUAUCAAGAACCGGCUGUAGCGGUGCUGGUAGGAAUACUGGUCCCCGGCUCCUUCUGCUUCCCCUUAACAACAAUAUUCUUGGAACAGAAGAUGUUGUUGUGGAAGUGACUGCCGAUGAUGCUGUGAGGUUUUAUCCCUGGACCAUCGAUAAUAAAUACUACUCAGCAGAUAUCAAUCUGUGUGUGGUGCCAAACAAAUUUCUAGUCACCGCAGAGAUUGCAGAGUCUGUCCAAGCAUUUGUGGUUUACUUUGACAGCACACAAAAAUCUGGUCUUGAUAGUGUUUCCUCCUGGCUUCCUCUGGCAGAGUCAUGGUUACCUGAGGUGAUGAUCUUGGUUUGCGAUAGAGUAUCUGAGAACGGUGUAAAUCGACAGAAAGCUCAAGAGUGGUGUAUCAAACAUGGCUUUGAAUUGGUAGAACUUAGUCCGGAAGAGUUGCCUGAGGAAGACGAUGACUUCCCAGAAUCUACAGGAGUAAAGCGAAUUGUUCAAGCUUUGAAUGCCAACGUCUGGUCCAAUGUAGUGAUGAAGAAUGAGAGGAACCAAGGCCUUAACCUUCUCAGCUCAUUGACUGGAGCAAACCAUAGCAUUGGAUCAGCAGAGACCUGCCACUCAGAGCAGCCCUGUGUGCCAGCAGCAGAGAGGACCGAAUCCCUCUUGGAUCAUCGAGGGGCUGCUUCUAACACAGCAGACGUGCAGGUCGAUAGCAUUGUGGAUCCCAUGUUAGACCUGGACAUUCAAGAACUUGCCAGUCUUACUACAGGCGGAGGAGAUUUGGAGAAUUUUGAAAGACUGUUUUCAAAGUUAAAAGAAAUGAAAGACAAGGCUGCGACGCUUCCUCACGAGCAAAGAAAGAUGCACGCAGAAAAGGUGGCCAAAGCCUUCUGGAUGGCAAUUGGGGGAGACAGAGAUGAAAUUGAAGGCCUUUCAUCUGAUGAAGAGCACUGAACUAUUCAUGCGAGGACUUGCCUAACUAGGACCCUAGCACUCUCUCCCUGAGAUUCUUCUCUCCUCAACCCCGUCAUCUUUUGCUGAGCUUACCAGCAUCAUGUUGGCUGCCUGACUUGUUUAUGGGGUCCCGUUAAUUUUAGUUUUUAGUAGAGGGUAAAACAGAAAUCUCUUCUCCCUCAGUAUAUUGUAAGGGAGUGAGAAAUUUUCAUAUAACAUUUUUUGUUCUAGGAACGGGAGUGGGGUAAGCCUCGAAGGCCUGUGUGAUUUGCCCAAGUUAAAGAAGAAAAACCACCACCAAGCUUUCCUGGUCAGUCUUUUGAGGAGCAUUCCCUGUGUUCGUGUUGAUCACUGCAGAUCAGGAGUUUUCUGGUUUUCUCUUUCAAGGAGCUUGCUGCUCGAGGUUUGAUGCUUUUGGUGGGAGGAAAGGAAGAAACUGCAGGUUUAAUCUGUGCUGUAGCACAGAUUAUAGGUCAGCCACUGGCCCUCAGGUUAGUCUCUAGCAAAAAAAAAAAAAAGGCAUCUGCGUAUUUCAUUUGAAAUACAGUAUCUGACCUCUUGGUAGAAAGUAUUGAGAAACCAGUGUGAAUUUUUAGACUAUAAUAAAUGAUGCAAAGGUUUUCUACUCUGGUGGGGAUAAAAAUAAACCCUUCUCUACCAAGUUGUGGGCAGGGGUGGGGGUGGGGCAUGGGUACGAGAAACCUAAGGAAUUUCCUGUAUAGGCCAUUGAAUCGGUAUGAUCCUGGCCCGAGAUUUUUGCAUUAGUAUUACCAUGUAGAAACUUUUCUUCCUUAGAGUUUGCUACUUGAGACGGCAGAGAUGUGUUGUCACAGUUGAUACCCUCAGAACAAGGGGUGUUUCCUCUUCUCUCUCUGAACUCCAGAGAUGUCUGCCAAACUAGUGACACCUAUAUGGGACUUGGUGGGAAGGCAUGCGAUCCCGCAGUACCUGUGUUACUUCCAGGGCUGAGGAGUUCGGCUCCAGGGAAACUGACCUCCACGGGAGAGAAUUCCCAGAAGAGUGGGAAAUACAGCAAGUGAUACCCCUGUUUCUGUCUGUUUAGGGACUGUGUAAUGCAUGUCACGAGCCUUCCGUCUGCCGUGGCUCUCAGCUGGCUCAGGGCACACGGGCUGAGAACUGCUGCUGGCCUGGUGUGGGUGUGAACCCCGUGGGUCACCAGCAGAAACGAAUUUCAGACCUGUCUGUGCAGCACCUUCUCAGCCCUGCAGAACCUGCUGCAGAUGGCAGAAGGAACGGAAUACUCCAGGGUCCUGGCCAGAGCGGCCACAGGAUGGAAGGUUUCAGUGAGUGGGAUGUUCAGGGAGGGCCGUUCCAGGGAAAACUGGAGGCUGUCUUCCUUGAUAACUUUUUUUCUUUUUCUUUAACUAUUCUGGGGGUCUUUGAGACUGCAGUUUACCACCAUUCCAGCACUGUUUCUUUGAGGUGACUGCUUUGGCCAUUGAUGGGGAAUGUAGGGAAAGUCAGUUCUGGGGUUGCAAAAUGAAAGGUGAAACAAGUUUUUCUUAAAAUAUGGAAGGUUUCAGAGAACACAUUAGGUCACAUGGUUUGGGAAAACAGACUAUAAAAAGCUGUGAACUUGAUCUUGCGGAUUAAACAAAGCCAGGUGAUUAAAAUGUGAUUUAUUUAUAAAGCCUGCUUAUGUAUAUUUUUAUGAUUUUGUUUUUUAGUAGAGGAUGUGGGCAGGCGGGGGGAGGAGCCUUCCUUCAUUGGAUUAGGCAUAAAUAGCAAUAAUCUGUUCAUCAAAGUCACUUUUAAAUCUACCAUUCAUGUGUAUAAUACCAUGUUUUCAAGGUCUCAGCUAUCUCAGGGUAUUGGCCCCUUCUGGGUGACAUGUGAGAUUAAAGUAUACAGUAGUAACUACUAACGGCCCUUUUAAGAAGCGUGAUCAUGAGCUAAUAGUGCGAUAGAAAUUGGAGACUAUCCGAAGUGACCUACGUAUAUGCCACCACAAGUUACUAUGGACUGUCCAUCUGGGAUUUAAAACAAGAGCCUCGGCUUUUUUCCCCCUUAAACAUUUUUCUAUUUGUGUAACACAGCAUCUGGCACAAACUGGGCCCUUAAGUUUGGUUUGGAUUUUCAUUGGAUAUUUUGAUGGCUAUGAUUGCAAAGUUUUAAGGUCCGUGAGUGUGGGGAGGUAGGGAGAGACAGGAAUAAACUUUUUUUUCCC